CGGGCGGGCGAGGCCUGAUAUGGACGGAGGCGGUGCGGGGCCGCCGGCUGCGUCUCGAUCGCGAACGGUAACAGCGGCCCCGCUCCGGGGCCCGCGCCGGGCCGCCCGUCUGCUCACGGCGGGGUGAGGAGCGGCGCGGGUCCCCCUGGCCGGGCGUACCGCGCCCUGCUCCCCUGCGUCCUGGCCAUUACCUCACGGCGGGUCCCGAGCGCACUGGAGUUUUCCUUUACUCCAUGAAACACCGUCAUGACAGACCAAGAGUAUAUUCUUUGCACCUGGAAGAAGCGUUUAUGGCCAGCAAAGGUUUUGCGUAAAACUGGAGUUGCGAAGGAGAUUUCUUUGGAAGUUGAAAUACUUGGUUUGAAGGAACAGAUCAGUGUGAGCUGUGCAGAUGCUGAAACACUGAAGGAAGAGCAUAUAGUGAACAUUGCCUCUAACUUAGAUCAAAGGAAUAAUUUGAGUGAGGCUGUGGAAGAACUGCAGUAUCGCCGGUCUCUUAAAAUUGCCCUGGAUAUUUUGAAUCCACAUGGCUCACCGAAACAAGUACCACCUUCAGAAAACGGGCCAAGUACUCAGUUCUCGCAGGAGAACCAUUCAGGAUCUCUCUCAUUGACCCCUUCACGUAGCUGUCGAUCGCUCUUUAAAGAAAAGUCGGAGCCUCAGGCUUCCAAGAGGAAAAGAGAAGAAAAAAAGAGCCCCAGCCUGAAGACUGAUACAGAAAAAACAGACUGGAAAGGUUCUUUUGUUUUGGAGGAGAAUGCUGAAGCACACAAAAGUGGAACAAACCCUUCCAGAUGUGAUACUGAGGACUUGUGUAAUACACUGAACUCAGAGAGUCAAAACUGCGAAGUACCAGAAUCGGAAUUACUACCAAGACAGAAAACCAUUGAGCCCAGAUUGUCGACAAAGUCCAGAGCAGGAAAUAAAGUCUCCCCUAAAUCAAAGGAGGAAAAAAGUAAUCAAGGAAGAAAACAACUAAGCAGUGCAGGAUCUCCUGUGUCAUGUAGGAAUGAUUCCUCCAAGGAUCAACUACAGCCCUUUGCUGAGGAGGGGUCUGCUCAGUCCAUCCCCUGCACGUCUGGCACAGUGGUACCUGUCAGAAGCAGAAAGACCAGAAGUCAACUUAGAAGGACAUUGCUGGAUUCCUCUUGUAAAAGUGCCUCGGAUGACUUGGAACAAAGCAUCAGCAGUGAGAGCGAAAGUCUGGCAAAGCAGUUAGAUGGAAGAAGAAAGCCAGCGAGUUUAAAACAGGUUAAUGGAGACCAAAAGGCCAGUGCAACUGCAUCCUCCUGUGGGAAAAGGAAAUGCAGGAAUUGCCCUGAAUCUUCAUCUGGGCCUUCUAAUCAUGGGGUGCUUUCUGACAGCAUCCCCUUGCAGUGUGAGGAGGAGGAAAGUAAGAAUACUGCAGAUGUGGUCAUGCAGAAAGUAAAGCCAUUUCAGCUGCCGGACUUUGAGGAAGAUGAAGGACUGGAAUCAUCUGACCUGUCUUCAAAGAUACUUUCCUCGGAGAGUCUCUCUCGCCUCUCACCUCUAGUAGAUGAAGAGGAGGAGGAUGAAGAACUUCCUAGUAUUUUAUCACAUCAAGAACCACAAUCAAUUGAAGAAGGGAUUUUGGUCUGGUGCAGAUUGCGAAGGUACCCGUAUUGGCCAGCAGUGGUGAAAACUGUGAAGCGGAAACACAAAAAGGCCUGUGUGCUGUUAAUAGAAGGGAAUACGAAUGACAAGAAAAAAGGCUUCUCAGUAUCUCUUAGGAGUCUGAAGCACUUUGAUUGUGAAGAAAAGCAGGACCUCAUAAUGGAGAAUAGCACAGGAAGGGGAUCCCCUGGCGCCCUUUUCCGUCCCAGUGGGGCUGCUGUGCAGAAUACCUGUGGAAGGCAGGCAGUUGCUUGGGACUCUUUUCACUUGUGGUUUUUCCGCGUGCCACAAAGCCACUCACGCUGGGUGACAAAGCACUGGCAGAAGUUGAAUUUCAGGAGAAUGCAGAAACUGCAAGAACGAGCCAAAGAAGAUUAUCGCCAGGAAAUUGAGUGGUGUAUUCGACUGAUUUCUGACUAUCGAAUUAGAGUAGGUUGUCAUUCUUUUACGGGAUCCUUCUUGGAAUAUUUUGCUGAUGAUAUCAGCUACCCAGUUAGAAAGGAAAGUUAUCAAGGUUUAGUCCAAAUGACCUUUCCAAAUGCGGCAGAGGAAGAUACUGAAGAGUCUUUAUCAGAAACAUCACUUCAGAAGCCCUCCAGGAAACUUCUUCCUGACAGGACAAGAGCUGCUAGAGAUAAAGCAAAUAAAAAGAUAGUGGAGUUUAUAGUGAAGACUAAGGGGGCUGAAGAGCAUCUUUUGGCUAUUUUGAAAAGCAGAAAACAAUCUCGGUGGCUGCAGGGAUUCCUGAAUUCAAGACAGUACGUGACAUGUGUUGAAACAUAUUUGGAGGAUGAAGAACAAUUGGACCUUGUAGUGAACUACUUGAAGGGAGUAUAUCAUGAAACAGAGGCUAAACAUCUGCAUCACAUAAAUGGAGAUGGAAUAAAAUUUAUUUCAGAUGUCCUUUUGCCUGAAGCUAUAAUUUAUGCGAUUUCUGCUGUGGAUGAUAUAGAUUACAAGAAAGCAGAAGAGAAGUAUAUCAAAGGACCAUCUGUGAGCAAAAGGGAGAGAGAAAUAUUUGACGAAGAAAUUCUAGAAAGGAAGAAGUGGAAGACCAAGCUAGCGCUUGCAGACGGUGUCUGAACAGUGGCACAACCUCUCCCCCCUUCCCUUGGCACUGAGUGUAUGUAAUGAAGUGCUUAUUUGUAUAAAAUAGGUAAUUCUUUAUUUUCAAAACCUGUUUGUGUAUCUCUGAAAGAGGUAGCCGUUGCACUGCUCUCAAAUGCAGUCCUGUCUUCAGUCCUUGCUCCUCAUCCUGCGCCCUGGAGCUGUUCUUGCCGUGUUGAACUGCCUGUGAAAGACAAUGCAACGGGUGUUGGGAGCGCUGCGGGUGUGUGGCUGCCUCGAUCCUCAUCCAUUCAGCAUCCUUAACAUGGAACUGCAGGUGUUUUGCAGAGCUUCUUGAUAGAAUGCUGAGUUUUGUAGGAAUGAUUUUGGCCAAAUAGCUGACAAUGGGAGGGCUGUUGUCUUUGACUAACACAGACUGGUGGAGGAUGUAGCCAUGUAUUGCUGGAUGACUCUACCACUACUGAAUGUCUGCGGGUUUCCUGUCUGAAAACAUUCCCAGUGGGUUGACUGUUCCUGCUUUACAUGUCUCGAAGUGUGGGGAAAUAAAACUGGUAGCUAGUGUUUCAAGCAGAAUAACAAAGGCUUCGUGUUUAUUGAUGGGAUGGCUGUAAAAUCCAGUGGGAAAAGAACCCAGUAUUUGCUUAAAAGAACAAAUCCCAUUCACUUUUCCAUGUAAAAGUGAAGCUAUUUUGAAUGCUGGUUUAUUGCUUUUUGAGGCCAUAAUUUUAGGAACAGUUAUUUGUCUUUAUCUGAUUUAAAUACCAAAUUCCAUCCUGUAGUUCCCAGCUUUUUGCAAGGGGUCUAGCAUAUUGCAAAUUGCCUUUGACAGACUCGCAGUGUUAUUGGAGACUACGUAAUGAUAAAACCCCAGUGACUCAUUUUUCUUAGAAUGAAAAUAUGAUCUGCUGUUUCAAGAGAAACCAAGGUGAUUUGAAAUUCAGAAGUUUAAAUGUAAAUUGGGAUACAAAUGUGUAUUGUGGCUAUUGUUACUAUCGUUAAUAUGUAUUUUAAUUAUACUUUUAAUUACUUUAUAAUGAGCUUUAAUAUGCAUUUGGAAUCCUUAUGUUUUCAAAGGGCCAUUACUGAGUGCCUAAACUAUAGGUGACUUGGUCCUCAGUGUAUCCUCAGGUUCCCCCUCCUUCAAAACGUGAUCCUGUGUGCAUUUCCCAAUUGAAAUUCCUAAAGUACUUCUAAGGUCCUUCUCCAGCCCCCUGCAUGGCAGCAGUGCUCCCCAUCCACCUCGGCUUCAUCUCAGCCCUUUUCACACCUUUCACUAUCCCAGUUUGAUUCAGUGUGGACAAGUUCUCCUUUCAGAAAUCAAACUGUGUUGUGCCAAAGGCUGACUAAGAGUGUAAACGUGAGUUGGAGCACUCUCAGCUGUUUGUAUCUUUAAAAACCACCUUCAAACCAGGCAUUACAGGUUCCUUACAGGGCUGUUUGCACCUCAGGACCAAACUCAGUUCUGAGAUGUACAGGAUUGUGUUGUAAAUCAAUUAAAAGUUGUUGAAGUGAAUCGUUAAA